AAAAUUCCGGAUGGGAAAUUGGGAAUGAAUGAAGAGUGGAAACUGGAGGCUGAGCCGAGUGAGUGAGUGGGUCAAUUUCCCCCUCACAUGACAUCCCUGCCCAACCCCAAGGCCCAAAACCCUAGUUUUGCAUAAGUAGUAGUACACGCUAACAAUUGAGGAGCAAGCAAUUUAGCAGCAGCAUCCUCCCUGAGAAAGUGAGAUCUGAGUAGUAGGUGACAAGUUACCAAAGCCAACCAGAGCAGAGGUCCAAAGGUUCCAGUAGUGGAGUGGCAACCUUGGGGGCUGGUCUCUUGUGUUAUAUUUUUUAGGAAGGGAAAUACUUAUAAGAUUUGGAGAUGGAAGGGAAUUCGGGUGGCGUAGGAGGAGGAGGAGCAGUAGCAGGAGUAGGAGCAGGAGGAGCAACGACAGUAGGAGGUGGAGCUGGAGGCGGAGGUAAUGACGUGGAGCUUCUGUGUAAGACGCUGCAGGUUGAGCACAAGCUCUUCUACUUCGAUCUCAAAGAGAACCCUCGCGGCCGCUAUCUCAAAAUUUCCGAGAAGACGUCAGCCACCAGGUCCACCAUCAUCGUUCCCUUCUCCGGUAUCUCCUGGUUCCUCGAUCUCUUCAAUUACUAUGUCAAUUCAGACGAUCAGGAUGUCUUCAGCAAGGAAUUGCAGCUAGACACCAAGGUCUUCUACUUUGACAUUGGCGAGAACCGCAGGGGCCGUUUCUUGAAGGUAUCUGAAGCAUCUGUUAGUAGAAAUCGCAGUACUAUCAUUGUUCCUGCAGGGAGCGCCCGGGAUGAAGGGUGGGCAGCAUUUAGAAACAUUUUGGCAGAGAUCAAUGAAGCAUCCAGACUUUUUAUACUGCCCAAUCAGCAGCAAAGUUCUGAACCUUCAGAGCGUCUUGUUGGGCUUUCAGAUGAUGUAGGCGCUGGCUUCAUAUCUGGCCACAGUAGUCAAACUGCUCCAACUUCUGAACUGAAUGUUGACAGAUCUGGAGAGUUGCCUGCACAGGAUGAAAUUGGUAACAUGGGGGUAUCUAAAGUGAUCAGAGCUGAUCAAAAAAGAUUCUUCUUUGAUCUUGGGAGUAAUAACAGGGGCCAUUUCCUAAGAAUAUCCGAGGUUGCAGGUUCUGAUCGCUCCUCCAUAAUUCUCCCGCUGUCAGGGCUCAAGCAGUUCCAUGAAAUAGUAGGUCACUUUGUGGAGAUAACCAAAGACCGAAUUGAAGGAAUGACAGGUGCAAAUGUUCGGACUGUGGAUUCCCCCCAGAGGUUUUCAAUUGUCUUAAGUGUAACCUUGGGGUUGGUGAUGUUAGCCUUGAAGCUAAAUCAUGAUGAGGGAAAUAACUUGGUUUUGAGAGAUAUGCUACUUACUGCUGCUGGCAGAUUGUAGAGAUGAUUAGCUUUUGCAGCGAGUGAUGGCAGCUGUUACUUAUAAAUUGUUUACCUUGAGGAGCAAGUGUUAGCCAUUCUUGUAAUAUCAUAUUCACACUGCUAGUGCUAUCCCGCCGCUACAUAUGUCUGUAUUUUUCUUUUCCUUUUUUUCAUUUACGGGUAAAUUUUCUCUGGCCCUGGUACCUUUACAUCUUCUGAUCAUAUCCUUAAAUCUUGUUGUGUCGUGGAUAA